AAAGCUACAAAUGAAUGUAACACCAGUGAGGACUGGGGUCUUAUUAUGGAUAUAUGUGACAGAGUUGGAAGUACUCCUAAUGGAGCAAAGGAUUGCCUUAAAGCCAUCAUGAAGAGAGUAAAUCAUAAAGUUCCCCAUGUAGCUUUGCAAGCACUUACACUUUUAGGAGCCUGUGUGUCAAACUGUGGAAAAAUAUUUCACUUGGAAGUAUGUUCUCGUGACUUUGCUAGUGAAGCUCGAGGUAUAAUAAAUAAGGCUCAUCCAAAAGUAAGUGAAAAGCUAAAAACCCUAAUGGUGGAGUGGUCGGAAGAAUUUCAGAAAGAUCCACAGUGUAGCUUAAUAUCUGCAACUAUUAAAUCUUUAAAAGAAGAAGGUGUAACUUUUCCUGCAGCUGGAUCGCAGGCUUCCACAAAUGCUGCUAAGAAUGGUUCAUCUUUAAGUAAAAACAAGGAAGAUGAAGAUAUAGCUAAAGCUAUUGAAUUGUCUUUGCAAGAGCAGAAACAGCAACAAAUGGAAACUAAAUCCUUGUACCCAUCUGCAGAAAUUCAGCAAAACAAUCAGAACUCGAGGAAGGUGCGAGCUCUGUAUGACUUUGAAGCUGUCGAGGACAAUGAGCUCACCUUUAAAAGUGGAGAAAUUAUUUUUGUUUUGGAUGACAGUGACACCAAUUGGUGGAAAGGUGAAAACCAUAGAGGAGUAGGACUGUUUCCAUCUAAUUUUGUGACUUCUGACUUAAAUGUGGAACCUGAGGCAGCAACUGUGGAUAAAAUUUCUGUUCCUGAGGAUACUGCAGAAGAAAUUAAGAAAGCAGAACCUGAGCCUGUUUAUAUAGAUGAGGACAAGAUGGAUAAAACACUGCAGGUACUUCAGAGUAUAGAUCCUACAGACUUAAAGCUUGAUUCUCCAGAUCUUCUAGACUCAGAAGAUAUUUGUCAACAGAUGGGUCCAAUGAUAGAUGAAAAACUAGAAGAAAUAGAUAGAAAACAUUCAGAAUUAUCUGAAUUGAAUGUGAAAGUUCUAGAAGCUCUGGAGCUCUAUAACAAACUGAUGAAUGAAACGCCAAUGUAUUCGGCCUACUCGAAACUCCACCAUCCCGCACAAUACCCACCUACAUCUUCUGGUGUUUCAGUGCAGGUCA